GUCUGUUCGCCCCUUUCACUCCCCCUGGUGGGUGGUUGUGACCUCGCCGUUGCCCACCAUGGGUCCAUGGGAUUCGCGGUAGUGGCCAGACAUGGUGUCUGAUGGGCGGCGCUGGGGAAAUUGCACUGGGAAGACUCUGAAUUAGCCUCAAUCGGUGCAUGGCUUGACGAGCCGGCCUCCAAUCUCCCUGGCUAGCGACAGCAGUACAAGAAGCUCAGGGCGCCCAAAGCUAUCGUCUUCUUUCCUUUCCUAUACUCAAGCUGUGACUUCAGUAUCCUGCAAAGCCCUUUGACUUCGGUCGUCCACUCUUUCGAGUUCAGCUCACCCACGCUCGUUCAAAGCACCACAUCGACGUCCUUCGCUUCUUCGAAGUUGUUUAGUUUUCCUCGAUUCCGGUAAUUCGAUCUCAAUCCAACCAAAAUCAAAAUGCGCUCCACCAUUGCUGUCGCUGCCGGCCUUGCUGCCGUUGCAUCUGCUGGAACCACCACCAUCACCGACACCGUCGAUGUGACCAUCACCUCCUGCGAGCCCACGGUCACCAACUGCCCUUACAAGGGCGGUUCUGACCCGACCUGGGGCGACUGGAGCGUCACUGCCUCGACCACCUCCAGCGUCCCCGUCUCCGCUGCGUCUAGCAGCUGGGAUCCGUCUGGAACCUGGGCUGACUGGUCCAGCGUGAGCAGCACCAGCAGCAAGCCCGUCUCUGCUGCGUCUGGCACCUGGGAUCCGACCUGGAGCGACUGGAGCGCCUCGACCACGGCGUCUCCCGUGUCCGCCACCUCUACGGCUCCUUGCGGCAGCUACACUGCCACCACUCCUCCGGCCUGGUUCUCUCUCCUCCCAACUGACCAGCUCAGCUCCAUCCAAGCCCAGUGGACUGGUGCUCCUCCCUCCGACUGGUGCUACUGGACUUACAGCACUGGCUCUCUCAAGACCACUGCCACUCCCGUCUCUGCUACCACUGUUGCCUGGGGCUCCCCAAGCGGCACCUGGUCUUCCGUUGCUGCCGCCUCGACUGGCACUGGUUCUUGGUCUUCUCCCGUGGCUGCUGCCUCGACUGGCGUCUGGUCCUACUCUGGCUCCUCCACCCCCGUCGCGCCUGCCGUCGCCACCUUCACUGGUGCUGCCAAUGCCAACACAGGUUCUUUCGCUCUCGCCGGUCUCGCUGCCGCCGCCGUUUUGGUUAUGGCAUAAGCGGGGUUGAUCUUACGAGGGGCUUUUGAACAUUUUUCUGUUACGAUCCACAUGGCCAUUGCAUUUGCAGGAACAGCAAAGAAGUCCUGCUUGAUACCGAGGAAGUAAGCAGCAUGUCUGGGGAGGUAGUCUACGUGGGGGAGAGCAGCGAGUGUUUCUGUAAUUAGUUGCAAGUGUGCAUGGGGUAGUUAGUUGCAUGAUUGAAGAUGGUCCCUUCUUUGCAUUUUAUUUUUGGACGCAUCAAGGAGGUGCUGGCUUGACCACGGUAGCUAGCACUGCGUAAUACCUGUUUACCGGAAGCCCCUUUGGAAAUGCCCUUCUCGUCGAUCGUCUGCCCAAUUUGGAGACACUGUGCACUCACCUGUAGCCGAUACCGUGAACUCUGUGUGAGAACCGAGAAUCAGGGGGGAGAGGAGUGGAGGUGGCGGGAACGAGCCUCUGGUGGAUGCUAGGGAGAUUGCAUGUGGCCGAAAUUAGCAGGUCGCGAGACGCCACACAGUCUUCAUCCUUUGACUUGCCCGCGUUCUCUCUAUACGGA